AUGCCGACUUUUGAGCACCUAGAAGACAAAGACGCCGGAUAUUGCUCCUUCACCGAGCGCCGCGGUCAGAUCCUGCAAAACUCGAUAAUGAGCAUCGUGGGAGGGCCAAACGAACAUGUCUUGAACGGGACAUACUGCCAUGCGUACUGUUGCGCUGUUUUUGAAAGUAGAUUCCAAGUCGCAAAGUUUUUCGCUUCUGAUACAACAGUCAUUAACUGCUUUUGUCAAGUUUGUCAAGGCGGAAUUUGUCAUUUUGAAGACGCAGGGGACGAGAGAUACACAAGCUAUCUAUUGAAAAAUAUUCUUUAUCCAACAAAGAUGACGACAAAAGGACCAAGUUCAACAAUUUUUUCGAAUUCAACAACAAUUCCUGCGAAUGUCAACUCAACUUCCUCAUCGACCGAGUCGAUUAUGACAUCGAUGUUAUCAAGCAACACCACAGCUUCAGAUUCUACAACUCAAACGAGCCAUAUUUUCACAGAAGAAAACUCAAAUCAAACAAGUCCAAAAUCAACUACAAAGCCAGCAUUGACAACGACAUCAUCAAUCCCAGCGCCAUUGACGUCCCCAACAACAACAUCAACAACAACGAAGCACGAAGACGAAACAACAGUUCCAAUUCAAAAAACAGAGACAGAAGCCCCCGGCCUUGAUUACACGGUUGAACAUCAUCAUGUUGCGAAGAUACUGGGAAUUAUUGUCGCAACAGUAGUUAUUUACAAAUUGAUAAAGAAGUUCUUCCGAAGACGAACAAUCAAAUAUCGCUCCCACUUUGACGAUCAAUCCGAAGAUGAAGUUUACCAAACCCGAGCGCAUUAG